AUUUUGAAUCUAGGUUUGAGGAUAUUUCGACUAUGGUAAUACCACCGUGGAUAAUUAAUCCAUAUGGUGACAUAGAAGAAACGAAUGUCAUAAUACAAGAGGAACUGACUGAACUAAGUUCAAACGAAGAACUUAAGGUUCAGUUUAAAAACGGAUAUCAGCAAUUCUGGCUGCUAAACAACAUACCCGUUAUCCCGUAUUAUGGAAUAUAG